GCCGGGAACGCGCGCCUCCCGCCCUCGCGCCGGGUCCCGCUCGGUCUCUCAGAGCCGCACAAUUCCCGGAGCUGCUGCCACGGCGGUCGCCUCGGCCGCGGCUCUCUAGCUUCGAGGCUCAGCCUCGGUCCUUCAGCGCCGCGUCCCGGCGCCUUCCCCUCCCUCCGCCACUCCCCCUCCCUUUCCCGCCCUUCUUGCCCACCCGGCCCGCCGAGGGAGCCUGGAUACGAAGCAGGUGGGCUUGAGAAAGGGGUUGGAAAAAUGGAGGUGCCGCGCCUGGAUCAUGCCCUCAACAGCCCCACCAGCCCCUGUGAGGAGGUGAUCAAAAACCUCAGCCUGGAGGCCAUUCAGCUGUGCGACCGGGACGGGAACAAGUCACAAGACAGUGGCAUAGCAGAGAUGGAAGAACUUCCUGUACCACAUAACAUCAAAAUAAGUAAUAUUACAUGUGACUCAUUCAAGAUUUCGUGGGAAAUGGAUUCAAAAUCAAAGGAUCGUAUUACACAUUAUUUCAUUGACCUCAAUAAGAAAGAGAACAAGAAUUCCAAUAAAUUUAAACACAAGGAUGUUCCAACAAAAUUGGUGGCAAAAGCUGUCCCCUUGCCUAUGACUGUCCGUGGACACUGGUUUUUGAGCCCAAGAACUGAAUAUACAGUAGCAGUACAGACUGCCUCAAAACAAGUUGAUGGUGAUUAUGUUGUAUCUGAAUGGAGUGAAAUUGUAGAAUUCUGCACAGCAGACUAUUCAAAAGUUCACCUAACACAGCUAUUGGAGAAAGCUGAAGUGAUUUCAGGACGUAUGCUUAAAUUUUCUGUUUUUUAUCGUAACCAGCACAAAGAAUAUUUUGACUAUGUUCGAGACCAUCAUGGGAAUGCUAUGCAGCCCUCUGUCAAAGAUAACAGUGGUAGCCAUGGCUCUCCUAUCAGUGGAAAAUUAGAAGGCAUCUUCUUCAGCUGCAGCACUGAAUUCAAUACUGGGAAGCCACCCCAGGACUCACCUUAUGGAAGAUACAGGUUUGAGAUUGCAGCAGACAAACUUUUUAACCCCAAUACUAACUUAUACUUUGGGGACUUCUACUGUAUGUACACUGCUUAUCAUUAUGUGAUUCUUGUUAUUGCCCCUGUGGGAUCACCAGGAGAUGAAUUUUGUAAGCAGCGCCUUCCUCAACUAAAUUCCAAGGAUAAUAAAUUCUUGACCUGUACAGAAGAAGAUGGGGUGCUGGUUUUCCACCAUGCCCAGGAUGUAAUUUUAGAAGUCAUUUACACUGAUCCUGUGGAUCUUUCUCUGGGCACCGUGGCAGAAAUCACUGGUCAUCAGCUCAUGAGUUUGUCUACUGCAAAUGCAAAGAAAGAUCCCAGCUGCAAAACCUGUAAUAUAAGUGUUGGACGUUAAUGCCCACUUUUCUUACUCUUACCCAGCCCCUUUUCUUCCCUUAGGAACAUUGAUCCUCUGUUGUCCAUUUUCAUCACCAAAUGUUUUCCACUGAAGCAUGCAUAUGCCGCUAUCACCAAAAGCAAACUACCACUUUUCAAAUUUCAUUCAGAGCCAUUUUAGUGUUUCCUAUUCCCUACCUUUCCCACUAUUUUCAAUGAUGAAAUAUCCUUUUUCCUUUUGACACUUUAUUGCCUAGAUGCUGCAAUGUUUUUAUUUUUCCUUUAUGCCAAACAUAACAGUUAUAUAGACCGCUUUAGCAAAAUACGAAAUAAUGGCUUAUAAAUGGUGUUUAAAUAUACAUUCAUUUUAAUCUACUGAACAAAUAUUGGGAUAACUCCAAACCGCAUGAAAGGUGUAAUUGCAGCAUGAGUUAAAUCUUGAAGCCUAGAAUUGUCAGCACUUCCAACUUGUUGUUUGACAGUGUUAUUUAUGUUAUUUAUAUUAGCUAACAGGAAACAACUACUGUGUUUCAACAUAAUAAAUAUAAUAGAAAAAUAUUUUAUUUGCAUUGUAUAAAAUAUUUACAAUCAUAUAGAAUAUAUAGAGUUACAUUUUAAUAGCAAUUGUAUACAUGUCACGAAACCAUUUCCCUUAUCAAAGAUGUAAUUUGUAAACCUCAAAUAGUUGUGUAUCUGUCCUGUUACAAGUAGAUGUCUUCAAUUAAACAAAUUUAUGAAGGA